UUUUAAUUGAAAUAGAAAUGGGAAAUAAAUCCUCAUCGGAAAGUAAGUACCUUGGCUCCGGCUGUUUUUCCUCUUGAGAGUGAAAUUUUGGCUGGAAGAUUUUCUAUCAUUUGGGAACGUGUAUGGAAUCUACGGGGUUAAUUAGAUUCUUAGUGAGAGAUAUUGGAUUUAAGGAACAUUUAUAAGAAGGACUUAGAUAUGACCCAACUGGUUGUUAAAAUUUAUGUACAAUACAACUUAUUAUAUUGAAUUAAGGACGUCUAGAGUGAUUUCUAAUUGGAUUUAAACAAUAUUCCCUUGACUCUAGAAUGAAGCUUUAGAUCCUGGCCUUGUUGGCGAUUUGACCAUAGCUUCAAUACUCAUCGCAUAAUUACUUUUCUAAAUAUCCAAAUAGGCAAUUCAGCAUCACAAAAGCCAAAAAUGAGUCCUGAUGUAAGCCUUUGAUAUAAGAAUCUACGAACAGUUUGUUUCUUAAAAAUUAGCCGGGCUCGAGGUUAAAAACCUGUGCUUAGCAGAAGAUUUGGUAUUAGUGCAUAUAGGGUAAUUACACUUAACCACAAUUUCUUCUUAUACUAACCCUCUGACACCUCAGACGAAUAGAAUUUAGCAAGAUGGUCUUGUCUUUCAAACACCACAAAUC